AUGACAUCCGAAGAAAAGGGCCUCACGCCCACCCAACCUGCCAUCUCAAAGUCAGAAGGCGAUGUCUUGCCUCCAAGCUACGACAGCCAUGGCUCGCCCACCGCGCCUCACCACAAGAGCGUCGCCGAGGAGAUCGCCCAGGAGCCCCUGAUGACUCGCCUGGGCGUGACCUUCGACAGUUUCAAGCCUCGUGCCUAUGGCCACGGCAUCGUGGAGCUCGAUCGGUCCAUGAAGACGCGCCACCUGCACAUGAUUGCCAUCGGAGGUUCAAUCGGCGCUGGUUUCUUUGUCGGUUCUGGUAGUGCCUUGUCUACUGGCGGUCCUGGCUCCUUGUUGAUCGAUUUCCUGAUUAUUGGCAUCAUGAUGUUCAAUGUUGUCUACGCAUUGGGCGAAAUGGCCGUCAUGUAUCCCGUCUCUGGUGGUUUCUACACGUACUCCACGAGGUUCAUUGAUCCCAGCUGGGGUUUUGCCAUGGGCUGGAAUUACGUCUUUCAAUGGGCUAUCGUCCUCCCACUCGAACUCACAGUCUGCGGUCUGACCGUCCAAUACUGGAAUCCCAACAUCUCGGUCGCAGUCUGGAUCUCCGUCUUCCUCGUCUUCAUCAUAAUCAUCAAUGUCUUCGGCACCCUAGGCUACGCCGAGGAGGAGUUCUGGUCCAGCUGCCUCAAGCUGGCAGCCACCGUCAUCUUCAUGAUCAUCGCCCUCGUGUGCGUUCUGGGCGGCGGGCCUUCAUCCGGCAACUACAGCGAGUACUGGGGCGCGCGCCUGUGGUACGACCCGGGUGCCUUCAGGAACGGCUUUCGCGGCUUCUGCUCGGUCUUUGUCACCGCUGCCUUCGCCUUCAGCGGCACCGAGCUCGUGGGCCUCGCUGCGGCAGAGUCCGAAAACCCGGUGAAGAGUCUUCCUGGCGCAAUCAAGCAAGUCUUCUGGCGUAUCACGCUCUUCUACAUCCUGGGCUUGUUCUUUGUCGGCCUGCUUAUCGACUCGACUGAUGAGAGUCUCCUCGGCGCCAAUCCUUAUGCCGAUGUCAACGCCUCGCCUUUCGUCCUGGUUGGGAAGUAUGCCGGCUUGCGGGGCUUCGACUCAUUUAUGAAUGUUAUUAUCCUCGUUUCCGUGGUUUCCAUUGGAGUGUCCGGCGUCUACGGCGGCAGCCGUACGCUUACCGCGCUUGCGCAGCAGGGCUAUGCUCCAAAGGUGUUCACCUACAUCGACCGCUCGGGCCGCCCCCUCUGGAGUGUCAGCAUCAUUUUGCUCUUUGGGUGCUUGGCAUACAUAAACCUGAACGCCAGAGGGCCCGAAGUCUUCGAUUGGCUGCUGGCCUUGUCUGGCUUGGCCGCUCUCUUCACCUGGGGCAGCAUCUGCCUCGCGCAUAUCCGGUUCCGCCGCGCCUGGGCCUACCACGGUCACACGGUCGACGAGAUCCCCUUCAAGGCCAUUGGAGGUGUCUACGGCAGCUAUCUUGGCCUGAUCUUGGUUGUGCUUGUGUUGAUUGCUCAGUUCUACGUUGCCAUCUGUCCUCCCAAGGGCGGCUUCAACGACGCCGAGGGCUUCUUCAAGUCGUACCUCGCCCUCCCCGUCGUCAUCCUGUUCUGGCUCGUCGGCUUUGCCUGGAAGCGCCAGGCCUGGCUGCGCACGCGCGACAUCGACGUCGACAUCGGCCGCCGCGAGCUCGACUGGGACGCCAUCAACGUCUACCGCGCCGAGCUGGCGGCCAUGCCGACAUGGAAGAGGACCAUCCACACGGUUUUCAUCUAA